CCGGGGCGCUUCUCUCUCAAUGAGCGGCAUCUGUGCGCUGCUCUCACGCUGCCUGCCGUCGGCGGAGGAGGAGGAGCUCUGGUACGAAGGCCUGGACAGCGAGAACGGGCGGGGCGGUCCGUCCGACGUGGAGUUGCGGGUGCACGCUCUCGGUGUAGCCUGCGACCAGCUCGACCGCCGGACUGUCGUCGCGGCGGCGGCUGCAUUACGCGACCUGGCGUGCGCGCCGCAGAAUCAGGCGGCGAUCGACGCGCAUGGUGGGUGGGCCGCCGCCGACCGCGCCGGUGCGCUGCUGGACGAUCAUGCCGACUCGAUGCGGCGCGAUGAGAUUGCAGCGGUGGGGGGCGCGCACGCACUGGCGGCGGCGCUCUCAGUAUUCGCUCCGCCCGAGGCACGCGAGGCGUCCGCGCAGGCGGCGCGGUACCUGUCGUUCGGGCCCGCCGGGCAGCAUGCGCUCCUCUCCGCCGAGGCGAUGCCGCGUCUCGUCGCGCUCCUGCGAGCACCUCGAGGCGGUGGCGGCCCGCUCGGGAGCCGGGAGCCGCUUCCCGCCUCGGAGGAGGCGCGCGAGGCGGCCGCGGCCGCGGUCGCCAACCUGGCGGGGUCGCCGGAAGGCCGCGCCGCAGCUGCGCGCGCCGGCGCGGUCGGCCCUCUCGUCGCGCUCUGCAGGGCCGCCGACCCCGCCGCACCGUGCGGGCCUGGUGGCGCCGGGCUGCCACCGCCGGGCCGGAACAGCGGCAGCAGCGCGGGGUGGGGACCGGGACCGGGGCUCCUCUCCCCCUCCGUAGCGGUCGCCGCGGCCGGAGGCGCGCAGGCGCUGCUCGCGCUUCUCGCCGCGGAGGGGCGAUGCGGCGCCCGCAGCAGCGCGACGGCGACGCACGCCGCGAGGGGGCUCGCCAACCUCUCGGUACACCUCGACAUCGCCGCCGCCAUCGUCGCCGGCGGGGGAGUGCCACUGCUCGUCGGCCUCGUCGGCUCGAGGCGCGCGGAGGAGGCCGAGGCGGCGUCGGCGGUGCUCGCAAACUUGUCGCUGCACGAGAGCGGCCGCCGGGCGCUGUUGCGGGCGGGCGGCGUCGCGAGGCUCGUGGCGCUCGUCUCCUCGCUCCCUUGCGCGUACGCGCCGGCGCCGUCCGAGCCGGCGCGCGAGGCCGCGGCAAACGCCCUCCACGCCUUCGCUGCCGACGCCACGGGGCGCGCCGCCAUUUUCGCCGCGGGCGGCGUCACGGGGUUGGUGGCGGGGCUGCACGGCUCGGGCGGCGCUGCUUCGCUGCCGCGCCGCUCCUCGGCUCCCUCGCUCCACACCACGGCGAAAGGCGGCGGGUACGGCAGUGGGUACGGCGAGGGCAAGCUGCGGUCGUGGCUGCAGCUCGGGCCGGAGGCGCUCGGCCCAGAGUCCGAGCACAGCGAGCAGGCCGCAGUUGAGGCGGCGCUGCUGGCGUUGAGCCGAAUGGAGGCAGACUUCGUCCCGAUCUCGGGCCUCCCUAGCUGGAGGAGUGGUAACUGA